UUGAGCUAUACUUUACAAAAUCUUACAGGCUCUACGUCAUGUUCAGAUAUUAAUUCAUACACACACACACAGACACAUAAACAGUUCUAAGAGCAGCACUACAAGACGUCUACGCUUCUGGCACGAGAGAAAGUGUUCUUGGUGCAUUGUGUCCUUCCUAUCUAUGCCCAGCAGUAAGAAGCGAGAUGAUGUGUACAUUGACAAAUAUCGUGUUUAUUUUCUUCCUACAACUUUCUCCUGAUGGCAUGGCUGGAAGUUGUUGCAGUUUUUGUGCUGACAGCUAGUCCUGAGUUUGAAGAGUCAGAGAUACCUGUCAACUUAGAGAACCUCGAGGAGAAUGCCUCCAAAGGCUAAACUGCGAUCAACAUCCCAGUCCAAACUGACCCUAGCCGAGCUCCUGGACACAGAGAUUGUGCGAUGCGGUCUUUGCAAGAAACUUUACGACCAGCCACUUCUCCUGCCGUGCCUUCACACGCUGUGUACCCAGUGUGUAGUGGACACAAUCGUGAGCACUGCCAACAGCGAGGUCCGCGAAGAUCAACACCAACAUGAGUGCACUGAUCAUCAACGCACAGAGAGCACGAGUUCCGCCUGUCAGGCCCUGGCUUGCUCAGCUGAGGUGACAAAAGUAACACAGUGUCUGGAGGCAAAUAACGCAAACCAAGAAGAAGCAACUCUGAAACAUUUACCUUACAUUUAUUUCGAUUGUCCUUUGUGUAGAUCUAGGGCUAAAUUAACAAAACAUUUUGAUAUUCGUAUGAGUGUCGUAUGUCAUCCUUUUGAAGAUUCAAAUAAUGAAUUUAAAUUUUCAAGAUUCAAUAACGACAUAAAUUUCAAAGGACAACAGAUGGUAUCGUUUUCAGAUGAUAUGCAGCAUCAGGUGAGAGCAUUGGUAGAGCUUAGUUUAGCUAGAAACUACUUCUUACAAUCUUUGACACAACUUCACGCUAGAAAGCGGAUGGAGUCAAGAGAAUGUCUCUACUGCAGAUACGAAGGGAAGAGUGUGCCGGCGUCCAGCUACUGCCUGGACUGCAAAGACGACAUGUGCAAAGAAUGCUGCAGCGCUCACCAGAAAACCAAACUGACCCGCAACCACCAGGUGGCCUGGGAUGAAGGCAUACACCGAGGUCUAUUCGACUACGACAUCCGUUCCCGCAGCUUUGUCCCUUGCGGCAAACACCCGGCCCAACCAGCCGACCAGUUUUGCUCCCAAUGCCAACUGGCCAUGUGCGAGCUCUGCGGCAACAGCGAACACCAGGACCACAAAGUGGAAGGCGUAGAAGCAACUUCUAAAAGACUUCUGUCUGAGAUUCAGCACAUCCAGCGGGCCUUUUCCCGCACAGCAUCAAGUCUGGCAGCACAUAGCCGAUUACUUAAAGAGCACCAGGAAAAAUUGCUUACAUGCAAAGAAACGAUUAUGACUCAGAUAGCUACACAGACAGAACAGCUUCACGACAUGAUCAGCAGAGAGCGAGACAGGCUUGUACAUCAACUGGAGGAAGACUUCGGGAAGGAAAAAACCGCGAUGGACAAGAAACUCUCGGAUGUUCAAUGCUUAGAGUCAUCGCUGGUCGAUGCAUCCCAGCUAUUGCUGCAUGUGUCCACUUGUGGACGACCCGAUGAGAUCGUGUCUCUCCACGAACACGCACUGUCGCGCUACACCCAACUGGUCAAUAGCACUCCAACUUAUACGCUGACCAAGAAGCUGGCACCUGUUUACAGGCCAGGGCCCUGCACAGAACGCAAUGUCAGCAUUCUUUUUGGUCAGGUCUCAACCCAGAGAAUAGCGAUAAACAAAGAAGCGAAAUACAGGACGCCACUGCCUGUCUCAACGCUGAUGCCCGCUGUGCUUCAACCACCCCAACUCUGCCACAGCUUCAACGCCAGCUCACCACUGGACACUAAGCCCGUCUACCCCACAGGCCUGGCCUUUCACAAAAACGUGCUGGCCGUAGUGGACAGAGCGAACGCCUCGGUGAAACUGUUUGACCCCAGCAGCAAACUGCUGAAUGAGCUGGGCCACGGGGAGGGCCAGGCCAAACUACAGAAGCCUUUCGAUGCAACGUUUUUUCAAGACGGGACCAUAGCAGUGACAGACACUGAAGGAGGGAGUGUCAAAAUGUUUGACCGCUCAGGGCAGUUUCUGAAAAGCUUCACGGGAAACUUAAAACACCCAAAAGGAAUAGCCUUAACCCAUAGCAAAGGGGAGAUAACAGUUAUCGACGGCUUGCUGAGAAAUUUGACCGUUUUCAACGCCAAAUCAGGAGAAAUGGUCAAGGAACUGCAACCAAAGAUCUGCGACCACGAAGAUGACCAAAGCUCUGAAGGGGAUAUCUUAAUAGAGCCCACUUACGUAGCAGUGAGUCCAGCGAACAACUACGUUAUCACAGACAUGGCAGCACCGCACAUUAAAAUUCUGACCAGCCAAGCUGACCUGCUGACCUCGAGCAUGACCUACGGCACGAGGCAGCAGGAACUGUUGCACCCCGGAGGCUUGUGCGUGGACACAUUUGGACAAAUUUUCAUCGCAGACACUAACAACAGCCGCGUUCACGUGGGGCUGCCUAGUGGAGAAAUGACCGAACUGUUGGUCACAGCGAAAGAUGGCAUUUCAAAGCCCACCUGUCUAACUAUAACAGACGAAGGACAUCUUUGCAUAGGCCAAAGUGGAGGGGACAUUAAAAUUUUUAAAUAUCUGUAAAGGGUAGAUUGUGUUGAAAAAACUGAAAGUAUGUAACUUAGCUAAAGUUGAUAAGAUAAUGUAUAGAGUUGAUCUGUAUAGCAACCUACAUUAUGGAUAAAAUAUUUAAAUGAACUCCAAAAAAUUGCAAUCUAAAAGUUCAUCCUUUCCGAAUUAAAAAUGUUUAAAAAAUGUGUAAAUAAGAGAUAUUAAACGGAUACAAGUGAUAAUAAAGGGCUGUAAUUCACAACAAAAUCUAGCGCAUGAUAGAGAUAAAGACUACAUUGAUUGCAGUUAUAAACGGGAGUGUGGUGGCUGAAUGAUAAAGGGCGCGGCUUCAGAACAAGGGGAUCAAAGAAAAGGUCAUUAUCAACCUGCUCCACCACGUGUCAUUUAUUAGAAGCUGUUCCAAAUAUUAGAAUUU